AUGACCAAGAUUUUCGACACGAUGAUUAGCCAAUUGUAUGUCAACGGACGUUUAGUUGGGAUGGAGGAAGAGGCUCAAGAAGUUAUGAUCAAAGACGGCAAGGUGGAAUGGAUUGGCUCUUCGGAGCACCGACCGACCAUUCACGACGUGGAGAUAGUGGAUGUAGAAGGGUCAUGGAUAGCGCCUAGUAUGAUAGAUUGGCAUGUUCAUUCAAAGCUAGCUGCAAAUUAUGAUCAUAGAGUGCACUUGUCUGAGGAGACAUCGGCUCAAGCUGUCUUUUUGGCAAUGCGAAAAGCACUUGAUGAUCCUAAAUUCGACACCUUUGAAUUAGUAGGUGUAGAUAUGCGGAACGGUAAUUGGAACGAUAAUCACCUUAUGAACCGGGCAACUUUGGAUAAAGAGGUCAGCUCAACCAGGCCAAUCUACCUGUUUUACAAUGGUUACCACACAGUAGUGGCUAAUUCGGUUGGAUUAGAAAGGUAUAAGAUCAAAUCUGAAUCUGGAAUCUUGCACGAGACGGAAGGAUGGGAUAUAACUUAUGGUGUGGGACAAUUUGAGGAUGAAGUAAUGGAUAAAUGGAUUUCCACUUGGGCCAAUAACGCAGCAUCACUCGGUAUAACAGAGAUUGUUGACCUGGAGAUCGACUUUAACAUCCGAGACUGGCAGAGACGUUGCAAGAAUGGGUUUGAUACCCUACGUGUCCAUACCGGUAUCUACGAUCCUCAUUUCCCGGAUGCAGUCAAGAGAGGCGUUAAGAGUGGGGAUGUGGUACCCGAGACCAACGGGUUAGUCACUGUUGGUCCGUACAAGAUAGUCACGGAUGGUGGACUCGGUUCGCAAACUGCUUUUUGUCAUGACGCAUAUCCUGAUACGACAUUCCACGGUAUCUUUUCGUUUACCGCGACUGAACUUGAAGAAAUGACACAGCGAGCGACAAAUCAUGGCUUCAAAUUAGCUAUACAUGCCAUCGGUGAUCAAGCCAAUUCGGUCUGCUUAAAAUUACUUGCAUCAAAUCCUGUGCCGCCCUUGAAUGGGUCCACCAUCGAACACGCACAAUUGCUCAACCUUGACGAUAUUGAGAUCUUCAAUGAGUUAGGUUUGAUUGCUUCUGUACAACCAAAACAUCUAGUAGACGAUAGGGAGACUUGCCUAAAGUAUUGGCCUGGUAGAGAACACCGAGCUUGGGCACUCAAAAGUCUCGCGGAUGCAGGUGUCGCAAUGAAAUUCGGAAGCGAUAGUCCGGUAGCGGAGAUGGAUCCUUGGGAGGCUAUGGCAGUUGCAGUAUCUCGUCGUAGAGCUGGCGGGCUACCACUAAGCGAAGAACAAGCGGUGGAUGUAAGGACGGCCUGGGUUUCAAGUACUUCGAAUGGCCGCCUUGCGCUCCAAGUCGGUGACAAGGCAGAUAUGGUUAUAAUCGACCGGAAUCCUCUGGAAUGUGACGCAACCGGACUAAGAGCUACAACAGUCUUCCGUACCAUAUUAGGAGGGAGAUGUACCUAUAGGCGAGCAUAG